AUGCGUCAGCAAUCUUACGAGCGAGCGCCUAAGCCCGAUGCUUGCGACACUCAACAAGAGGUUCCGCAGCGCUUGUCUGCAGAAACAGAUUCCAACUCAUAUGCGACGCUCAGAUCUUUGUAUACCUCGUGGCUUCCACACCUACACCCAGAUGAGAAUCCCGAUCUCAGCACACAGGACCUCGAUUUUGAUGCAGGGCUCGGAGACCCCUUGACACUCUGUGUUAAGCUGACAGCCUUUUUCUCCCGAGCUGCAUUCUUCUCAAGUUCCUCGCGUCGAAGCACGAUUGCCAACAACGAGCCGUUCCCUAUUCAACGAGCAUUAUACCUCUACAAACUUUCUGCAAUUCAAAUGAUUCGAUCAAGACUGAGCGAGAACCCGCAGAGCCCGGACCAGAACAUCUUCUUGGGUAUUGUAACUCUCGCAGGCUGCGAGUUCAUGGCCAACAACCCAGAAGAAGGUAGAUUACAUCUUGAGGCUUGCUUAGAGAUCGCGCACGCUCGUGGAGGUCUUUGUACGUUGUCCAGUCUUGAAUUGGAGCUCGUGUGCCUAGCGGAAUUCGACAUUGCUGCUCUAUUAGGGAAGGCGCCUUGUGCUCCUCUCCAAGAGAUGGAAGCGGCUGUAUAUUCGAACAUCUCCAAAGAGCGAAUAGUGCCAGCUUGGGCGGAAUCUGACCUGGCAAAAUUAGACUGCUUGUGCACGGAAGAAGCUUCGCAGACCCGCCAGGGCCUUGCAUGCUUGCUGCAGUCGACACAUGGGCUCAACGGUUCGAAGUCUUCGAAAUCACGCGCACGGAGCCAGGACAAUCUCGUCCUGCGUGGUCUCUUUGCGGGCUUCUUGCUAUGCUCCAACCAACCAUAUACGACCCCGUUGUACCUGACCGAGGACAUCGGCCUCUACGAACCGUUACGAGUGGCUGGCAUGCUCGUAGUUGCGGCCACAUGCCUGAAAAACACGCCAAAGGACCACCUACUCGACCGCCUCACCACGGAUCUGGCACUACAGCUGCAGCUGAUGCCGUUGCCCUUCUACGGUCCGCGGCCUGUGGCCUCCGCCAUGCUGUGGAUCUACUUUGUGGGCGCCCACGGGUCUCCUGCGCCCCAAAAACGGCUGUUCUUCCAGCAGGGGGUCGCGCAUGUGGCUCGCCUAAUGGGCCUGGAGACCUGGGAGGAGGUUCGCGAACAGUUGAGGCGGUUCCCCUACGUCGAUGGCGAGUUCGACGGCCCGUGCGAGGAGAUUUGGAACUCGGCUAUGAUCUUGUCGAGCUUGACGGCACGGCCAUGA